GGUGGGGGUACUCCUGGAUAUUUUAGGUGGAGGCGGGUAUGCUGCAUGCUUCAUAAAUCCUCUAUUCUAUUUCAGUUGAAAAAAGAAGUUUUUCGCUCCAUUUUGAAUGUUUAAUUAAAAGUUCUAUUUCUUAAAAAAACUUUUCCUUCUUUUUAGAGAACGUUGUACACUCCCUUUGUUUGGUGGCAACAAAUUCUCGUUUUCAUUUUUAUGCUGUAAAAAUGAAAAGAUAAAACUAUACAAGCCAGAUACGAAGACAAGAGAAUGUGAAUUGAUGUAUCCCCUUGAGCAAAUACCGUUUUUUCCCUUUACUCUGUAUCUUUUACAUCCUUAUACGCAAACUUAAAUCUCGUUUCAUAGACCUUUUGAAUGCUGUUUUCGACAAUGUUCACGGAAGGUUUCAUGAUCACUACUUUAGAGAUAUUGGUGGUCAGUAUAUUUUCUGUACCAAGAGUAAAAGGAAAAAGCAGAUAAAGACAUUUAGAUUACUUGACAUUACAAAAAAAAACCUCCUCGAUAUGGAUUGAUGCUUUGAAAAAGUGCAGUCCAUGGAUUUCGGUAUUUGGCUUAAACAACCUUUAGUCGGUGCAAAGGUUAUCGUGCAAAGGACUCUUUGUUCCAAUAUACAGAUGUGUUUGUAUAGCAGAGGUGUCGAGUACUACCUUACAAUGUUAAUUUUGUCUUACGACACAUGAAAUAAUACUAUUAUGCGCGGACACGAUGCAAAACACUUGUCUGACAUCAACGGUUCCAAACGCUUACGUUUCGAUGACCCUUUCGUUGUGUGCGUAACAAACAGUUGGAAAAACACAGUGUUACAUUGACAGUUUUCGUUUACACACGAUGUUUAAAGUACUCUUGCUUUUGAAUGAUUCCUGUGAAAAUGCUGUCCUUCAGAUUGUUUUAAAAAUAGUGAAGUAUAAAAAACAACUUCUCAGUCAGAAUGCCCCAUUAGAGUGUGAACUAAAUCUUUCUAUACUUUAGGCUCUUCCAGUCAAGCGGGGAAGACAUGAAGACUACUAUCCUGAUUUUGAGCUUAAGCAUUUCACUUGCUUUGGGAUGUUCAAAACUUCCUGAACUUUCAGUUUGUAACAAGCCGGAAGGAGACUGCAGUUGCCAGGAUGGUCUUUCUUGCGUUCUCACUAAGAAAGUGAUAGAACAUGGAAUCGAGACUCCCGUCAAGCAGUGCAUGCCGGGAGAUGUGGAUAUCGAAGUGGAGUCGAUCGACCUUGAUAACCAGGCAGCGGAUGCACCCAUGAGGAUAAAGCGCUGGCUAUUCUUCAACAGGUGCCUCACCGAAGAAGAUUGCAGUUACAACAGAUGCUGCGCUUUCAAUAAGCGAUGUGUUCCAAAACUCAAGAAAUUCUUCACCUGCGUUUUAACGGGCAUACAUAAGUGCGGCUGCGCAGAUGGACUAGAAUGUAAGGAGACUGCUCACAUCACGCUUCCUAUCACAGGAACGAAGCUCUCCCUUAGGCAGUGUAUGGAUGCCUAAAACGGCGCUUGGCUUGAGUUGUGGAUGAAUAAACCCUGAUAGAGAAAAUUUGGUUGUUAGACCCAAAAUAAAUGUGU